UUUAUGUAAGGAGACUGUUGUAUGUUAUCAAGUUACAUUGUAUGUCAAAGUGACAGAAAUAAUUAAAACUGAAUUUUGUAUUAGAGAGAAUUUGAAUGUUGAAUUUAAUUGAUUGAAUUAACUUUGAAUGUUGUUUCUUUUAUUUCAGAGAAACACUUCAAUUGAUUAUUCAGUAACAGUUGUUUUUUGGGAUAUAACAUUAUAAAACAACAUUCUUGUUGAUAUCACAAACAUGGACAAGCUACGGUUUGAUUUUAAGAUAUGUGCAGAAGAUUCCAAAACUAAUGUGCUUUGCAUAACUUCUAUUGGAACUACUGAUGGUCGUAAUUAUGCAAUUCCCGAUAUGUAUCAAAGAGCUAGUUUACAUACACAAGUAAUAAAAAAUUCAGCUUACAAUAAGGUUAAAAAUUCAAUUUCCAAGAGAAACCAAAUUAGAAGGGUAUGGAUUAAUUUAAACGAGGAUUUGGCUGCUUCCUAUCUGGAUGAAGGUGGUAAUCUUCAGUUUGAAGAUGUCUUCUUAGAAGAAAAGCUUGAAGAUCAGCUGAAUGUCUCUGUGAAUGCCUCUGACCAGCCACUGAUUAACGCGUUGGAAAAAUUACUUGAAAAGAGUGGAGGUCAAACUUCACUUAGAAACAUAGGCGGAAUAGCAGAUAAAUUCACCAUCGAAAAAUUUGAUGGGAGAACUUCGAGCGCAGAUCAAUGGAUUAGUGGAUUCGAGAAAGAAUGCGAGCGAUUUCAGAUAUCUGUGGAUGAAAACAAAAUUGAGAUCCUGAAAUCAUUUAUGGAUAAAGGUGCUAUGGAUUGGUAUAGUUGUACACUAAUGAAACUAACCAUUGAAUCAAAAUGGGAAAUAUGGAGAGAGAGUUUCUAUAAAACAUUCACAGGUAAAGGUUGGUCUUCUAUAAGAUUUGCGUUCUCAUUCAAAUACCAAAAAGGCUCUUUAUUAGAAUACGCGAUAAAAAAAGAAAAACUUCUGCUACAAGCAAGAAAUUCAAUUGAUAGUGGAACAUUGAUAGAUCUGAUUGCAACAGGUUUGCCAAAUUUUGUUAUCAACAUGAUUGAUAGAGGAAAUUUAAAAAUAGUAAAAGAUCUUUAUAAUGAAAUAGGAAAAUUAGAACAUUUGGUAUAUAAGAAAAAUUUUGAAAAGAAAAAUGACAAGUAUUACUCUAACAAAGAAAAUACAGUCAAGUCACCUUGUGAAAUUUGUAAAAAUAAAGUUAAAGGAAUACGUUUCCAUCCUACAGCAGAAUGCUGGUUCAAUAUUAUAAUUAUAACAUUAUUUAUUAAUUUUAUUAAAAUGGGUGAUUUCUCAUUAUCUCGCUAGAUAUUUCCCUCCGUGGUAGGCAAAAAGCAUCGGGUUUUCGGCGUAUGUAGGUACAUUUCCACACAUCAGUGCAAUCCGUGGGCACGCGGACACCCGCCAUGAGUUUUAAUUUGCGAACAGCGGCGCUUUUACGAGCAGAGGCGCGCGAUAAAUAUUUCAUCUUUUUGAAAUAUCGUGCACCGCAAGAGCGGACCCAAUCAGGGCCACGUCCAUAAAUUUCGUCAUUAGCGAAGAAUAUUCGCGCGUUGCUGCGCUCGUCGGGAUAAUUAUAAUUCUGCUAACACAUACGUUUGAUGGCCGCAAAAUACGCGAUAUUUGGCCGAGGGAGGAUUUGUGCCCACCAAGGGGUUCUAUCUGUUUUUUUCUUUUGGAUGAAUGGAA